GUUAAAACCAGUUUUCCUUUUUGUUUUUAGCGAAACCUUGAAAGCCAUUUAUUGGCCCCUGCUGAGAUUCCAGGCCAGCCUGUCCCUAAGAAUAUCCUACAGGAACUUCUAGGUCAAACAGUUCAGAGACCUCCUUCUUCCAACCUUCUCAGCGGCCUUAUGGGGAACUUGGAGCCUCCUGCAUCUUUACUGGGCCAAAGAGCACCCUCUCCUCCCAUGUCACAGGUGUUUCAAACUCGAGCAGCUUCAGCAGACUAUCUUCGUCCAAGGGUACCAUCACCAAUUGGUUUCACAUCAGGACCCCAGCAGCUACUUGGAGAUCCAUUCCAAGGCAUUCGCAAGCCCAUGAGCCCUGUCACAGCCCAGCAGAUGAGCCAGCUAGAGUUGCAGCAGGCAGCUUUGGAGGGGCUGGCCCUACCACAUGACCUUGCAGUACAGGCAGCAAACUUCUAUCAGCCUGGUUUUGGCAAACAACAAAUGGACAGAACCAGAGAUGGGUUCAGAAACAGGUAA